GUCAUGGCAGAGUCGAAGGUCAAGGACAUGGGCCUCGCCGAGUUCGGCCGUAAGGAGCUCAGCCUGGCGGAGCACGAGAUGCCAGGACUCAUGGCUGCGCGCAAGGAGUUCGGGCCGAAGCAGCCGUUCAAGGGGAUGAACAUCAACGGGUCUCUGCACAUGACUAUCCAGACCGGCGUCCUUAUAGAGACCCUGCACGCACUUGGGGCCAAAGUGCGGUGGUGCUCCUGCAACAUCUUCAGCACCCAGGACCACGCGGCGGCGGCUAUCGCGAAGGCCGAGACAUCCACGGUGUUCGCAUGGAAGGGCGAGACACUGCAGGAGUACUGGUGGUGCACCGAGCAGAUGAUGACAGUGCCAGGCGCGGACGGCUGCGACCAGCUCGUGGACGACGGCGGUGACGCGACGCUGCUGAUCCACAAGGGGAAGGAGUUCGAGGAGAAAUUCGCGAAGGACGGUUCCCUGCCCGACCCAGCCAGCACGGACAAUGCGGAGUUCAAGUGCAUUCUGCAGUUGCUUCGGGAUUCCAUUCCAGCCGACAAGACGAAAUACUCGCGCAUGGCCGCAAAAUGCAAGGGUGUCAGCGAGGAGACCACUACUGGCGUCCACCGGCUCAAGGAGAUGGCUGCCAAGGGCGAGCUCUUGUUCCCAGCCAUCAACGUGAACGAUUGCGUGACCAAGUCCAAGUUCGACAAUGUCUACGGGUGCAGGCAUUCGCUGCCAGAUGGCAUCAUGCGUGCUACAGACGUGAUGAUCGGAGGCAAGCGCGCGCUGAUCUGUGGUUAUGGCGAUGUGGGCAAGGGUUGCGCGUUCGCAAUGCGCGGUGCUGGUGCCAGGGUGCUGAUCACCGAAUGUGACCCGAUCUGCGCGCUCCAGGCAUGCAUGGAGGGCUUCCAGGUGGUUACGAUGGAGAGCGUUGUCAGCGAGAUCGACAUCUUCACGACCACCACAGGGAACUUCAAGAUCAUUACUCUGGAGCAUAUGAAGAAGAUGAAGAACAACGCCAUUGUCGGCAACAUUGGCCACUUCGAUAACGAGAUCGAGAUGGAAAAUCUGGAGAAGUUUGCAGGCAUCAAGGUGGAGAACAUCAAGCCGCAGGUUGACCGCUACGUCUUCCCAGACGGGCACGGCAUCAUCGUUCUGGCGGCUGGGCGGCUGCUCAACCUCGGCUGUGCCACUGGACACCCGUCCUUCGUGAUGUCCUGCUCGUUCACGAACCAGGUCCUUGCGCAGAUUGACUUGCUCACGGCGAAAGAGAAGGGCUACAAGAACGACGUGUACCUCCUCCCGAAGGACCUCGACGAGAAAGUUGCGAGCCUGCACUUGCCGGCUCUCGGUGCCCAGCUCACGACCCUCACGAAGGAGCAGGCAGAUUACAUCGGCGUGAAGGUCACUGGCCCCUUCAAGCCGGACACCUACCGCUACUAG